AUGAUUUUUGGUAACAUAACAGGUAAACCAGGACAACCAGGAGAUAUUGAUGAAACCGACAUCGAAAAAAUGAAAAAGAGGAUCAUCAAAUCAGAAACUGAGGAAGACGACGAGGAGACCGAGGAGAAAAGGGAGAGACGCAUCAAGAAACAGAUAGACGAAGAGGAAGAUUAUGAGGAUUACGAGGACAGCAAUGGUAGCACCCCACAACAACCAAGCAAGCCUGAACUACCAGGACAGCGAGGACAACCAGGUCAACCAGAAAAAUCUGUUGAUACUGACGAAACCGACAUCGAAAAGAAAAAGAAGAUAAGCAAAUCAGAAACGGAUGAUGAGGAAACCGAGGAGGAAAGAGAGCUCCGCAUCAAGAAGAAGAAGGAAUCAGAACAAGAGGAGGAGACUGAGGAAGAAAGUGAGCUCCGUAUCAAGAGGAAGAAGGAAUCAGAACAAGAGGAGGAGACUGAGGAAGUAAGAGAGCUCCGCAUAAAGAAGAGAAAGGAAUCAGAACAAGAGGAGAAGACUCAGGAUGAAAGAGAGCUCCGCAUAAAGAAGAGGAAGGAAUCAGAACAAGAGGAGGAGACUCAGGAAGAAAGAGAGCUCCGCAUAAAGAAGAAGAAGGAAUCAGAACAAGAGGAGGAGACUCAGGAUGAAAGAGAGCUCCGCAUAAAGAAGAAGAAGGAAUCAGAACAAGAGGAGGAGACUCAGGAUGAAAGAGAGCUCCACAUAAAUAAGAAGAAGGAAUCAGAACAAGAGGAGGAGACUCAGGAUGAAAGAGAGCUCCGCAUAAAGAAGAAGAAGGAAUCAGAACAAGAGGAGGAGACUCAGGAUGAAAGAGAGCUCCGCAUAAAGAAGAAGAAGGAAUCAGAACAAGAGGAGGAGACUCAGGAAGAAAGAGUGCUCCGCAUAAAGAAGAAGAAGGAAUCAGAACAAGAGGAGGAGACUCAGGAAGAGAGAGUGCUCCGCAUAAAGAAGAAGAAGGAAUCAGAACAAGAGGAGGAGACUCAGGAAGAAAGAGAGCUCCGCAUCAAGAAGAAGAAGGAAUCAGAACAAGAGGAGGAGACUCAGGAAGAAAGAGAGCUCCGCAUCAAGAAGAAGAAGGAAUCAGAACAAGAGGAGACUUUGGAAGAAAGAGAGCUCCGCAUAAAGAAGAAGGAAUCAGAACAAGAGGAGGAGACUCAGGAAGAAAGAGAGCUCCGCAUAAAGAAGAAGAAGGAAUCAGAACAAGAGGAGACUUUGGAAGAAAGAGAGCUCCGCAUAAAUAAGAAGGAAUCAGAACAAGAGGAGGAGACUCAGGAAGAAAGAGAGCUCCGCAUCAAGAAGAAGAAGGAAUCAGAACAAGAGGAGACUGAGGAAGAAAGAGAGCUCCGCAUGAAGAACAAGAAGGAAUCAGAACAAGAGGAGACUGAGGAAGAAAGAGAGUUCCGCAUCAAGAGGAAGAAGGAAUCAGAAGACAAGGAGGUGAUCUCGGAACAGUUCGCUUCAGGCAAGAAACCAGUGGCGCCCGGGGCUCCGGCGGCGCCCGCGGCCCCAGUCGACGGCAAGAAGGGAGGCAAGCUAGCGCUCCAGAAGGGCACUAAAGAUAUCUUGCACGCCUUAGAAACCAAUAUGAACCUGAAGAUCCUCAUCCUGCCCAACGGCGCUCACGGCAAGAACUGUUUCUGCACCUGCGACAACACCGCACCGCCUAAAAUCAUUCCUAUGGCGGCUCUGCCCGCGCAGGUCGCAAAAGUUACCGCUAAAAAUAACUAAAACCAUAGAC